AUGGCAAAUUGUACGAUGAGAAGAGUUUUCAAUACUCGCAAUGAGGUGGUUAUCGAUCGAACUUCAUCUUUUUAUGAACUCGAACCAUUUGACUCCAUCGUACAAGCAUUAAAAUGGCGACAGAUUCGAAAACGUGUGCCUUUAUGCAUCAAAAAGACAUUGUGCAAUCCAUUUAUGCUGCCAAAUCUUAUUUAUGUCGGUUAUGCAGCUACUCUCUUAUUCAUUGAUUUUAGUGCAAGUCUCAAUGCAUUACUAAAUGACAAUAAUACCACAGUUCAGAGUACUUAUGCUUUUCACCGUAGCAAUACAACACUGGUAUCAGUCCUUGAUCGACCCAUACAGAAUAAUCCAUAUAUAAAUCGAAUUUAUUUCGUUUUAGCCAUUGUUAAUAUAAUCAUGGCUAUUCUCCUCUGUUGGGCUUGGCGUGGGCGAUCAGUAUUUGAUAUUGUCAUGAUACCUGAAUAUUUGAAUAUAAUUCAAGCUAUACUUUACCUAUGGUCUGCUAUGUGGUACCCCAAACAGGAUACUCUCGGCGGUUAUUUUACGAUGGCAGUACACAAAAUUGAACUUGUUGCAUCUGUUAUCGGAUUAUUUGCUGCAAUAGGAUGGAUUGUUUCAUGGUUCGUGACGUACACACGUAUAUUCGGGCGAGGCUACACAUUGGAUGAUCCAGAUAUGAUUGCCACUGUGGCAAUGAUAGCUAAUGCAAUUAUUUAUCUAGUAUAUAACAUCCAACUGAUGGUUUCACCUGAACACUACGAAAGUAAUACGUUGUACAAAUCUGGGGAUAUUUGUGAUUUUAUCGAAGCGUGUUUUUGUGUCUUUGCUUGUUUACGAGACGAUGAUUGGUUCUGGUUUCUUCCGAUAGCUGGACAAUAUGGUAUUGCAUUAGGACGAGUGCAAGUAGAAGCGAAAACUUUCCCCCAGUUCGGCAAAAAUCCAAUACUUUUAACGGAUGCGUGUCGAAGAAGAGCCAAAGUGAAACGAAAGCAGCGCAACGAUGUCCUCACUGUGCCAAUAUUCGUACCACAUCGUUUGAACAAACGAUCUAUUUCAACAACCAUCUAA